GCCCCUUUUGUGUCCGCAGGUGCUGUGCGUGCUGCGCGUGCCGCGCAGGUGCGCCGCGGCCGGGUAAGAUGCGCCGCGGCCCCCGGGGCCUCUGGCUGGCGGCCGCGUCGCUGCUGGGCGCCGUGCUGCUGUGCUCCGCGGCCCGGGCCGCCGCCGCCUCCUCGCUGCACACGGGCGCGGCCAUCAACGUCUUCAGCCGGUAUGGCUACUUCGCCAUCUCCAUGCGGGUGGUGCCCAGGAACGAGACGGACCGCUGGAUCUUCCGCGAGCCCAGCGUCAACGUCUUCAAGAACAUCACGGCCCUGCCGCCCAGGUUGCCGAGCGCGGCCGCUAGGCACAACGGCAGGGUGCCGGUGUUCGAGGGCGACUUCCACAUGGAGUUCUGCGACAAUCUCCGACAGCUGCUGCAGGCCUACUUCCGCGACUUUCAGGUAGAGCGACUGGAGCGGCCCUGGUCCGCGUUCACCGCGUCCUGGUCGCGCAACGCCAUGGCCAAGCACCUCGGCCUCAACGCCACGUACGUCGCCGGCUCGCACUGCUACGUCCUGGUGCGCGUCGCUCGUCACAGGGAGAGCGGUCGCAUGGCCCCCGCCCAGCCCGGGGUGCCCGUCGAGGACUUCGUAGCCAAGGACAGGGACCUAGUGGUCCCGGGAGACACGGAGUCGGUCGUGGAGUGGGUCAAGAGCUUCGGCAGUCACUACGUAACGUCGUACGUCACGGGGAACUCGCUGUACCAGGUGUUCGUGUACACGCCGCACAUCUAUCGGCGCAUCAAGGAGCGCCUCAAGACCCAGGGCGUGGCCGCGCUGUCGGCCGUCGAGCUGGCCAGCUACUUCAGCCCCUGGUACGCGGAGCACAUGGGGCGCAUCCAGUCCGCGUCGGGCAACUACACGGUAGAGGCGUGGGCGGCGAGCCAGCUGCUCGUCAAAUUCUACUUCUUCACCUACCCGAGCCUCAUCAAGCUGCACGGAGACGUCGGCCUGCUCAAGACACUGGACGGCCUGCUGCAGAACGAGGCCGUGCUGCAGCUGGACCUGCGCACCCUGGCGCCCGUCUUCCAGAGUCCAGAGAGGCGGCACUGGUUCAACGAGGUCGUAGACAACCAGCUCAAGCUGUGGGAGGUCAACAUGUCGUGAAGCGCCAUGUCACCAUCCCCGACUCCCUCCCCUCCUUACCUCUCCAGUCGUGGCGCCGCGCGGCGCCGCGCGGCGCCGUGCGGCACCACCACCACCAAGUCGUGACCAGGGUCCGGCGGGGCAAGGAAGCACGAACUGAAGUGGGGCAGCAGCAGCGGCUGGUGAAAGAAAGAAUGAAGCAUGUGUUUGUUGUCGGCAGUCAUAUAUACACUUGCAUUAGUUUGGCCCAAACUCUGGGCUAUCUGGCAGCUCUCCUUCCCGACCCUGCGUCCAAAGCAGUCCUGGACAAGUCCAGGACAACCAGCUCAAGAUGUGUGAGGCCAGGGCGGCUCACCCGCCUCACCUCGCCUCUCCUCUCGACCUUUCUUCUCUAGUCUGCAAUAAACAACCCUGGGUGCUACGCCAUGCGGUGUGAGGGUGACCUUCCACCUUUUUUGAGGAAUCUUGAACAGGGUCCUCAAGCCAGUCCUCAACUGUACAUAAACGUGUUUUUUUUCACUCACAAAAAAAGUGGUUAUUUUUAACCAUUUUACUUUUGCCUUAUAUUAGUAUUGAUUGAUUGUUGUAACUCCAGUGAUGAUUUUAGUUUACUUUAGAAUUACAAUUUUCUAGAUAGUACUUUUCAGCAUUCUAUAUUUUUCAAUGCUGCUUUUUAUUGCACACAAAUAAAGUCGGUUUUAGUUCAUUAGGGCUGUGCAUAGCAAUAGCUACACUAUGGAAUAUUAAAUUACUUACAUGCAACAGAAAUGUUUGCUAUAAUGACAUAAAAUUUUCAUGUAAGAAAAAUAAAAUCUGAAUAAGGUGGACCUACAAUAAAAAAAAAUAAAAAAAAUCAGAACAUGGUGUAAAAUGGCAUUGAAAUAGAAUGGAAAUUAUAAAGUCUUACCUCAACAAUUUCCGUUACAUGUUCAGAGAAAUAUUCCACUUUCUCAUUUUUCCAGUGACAGCCAAUGGCAAACUGCAUUAUUUCAGUAGGUAGAAGACCUACUACCUAAAUUUUAACUGAGAUAUAGCUUGUGUUGGCUUGUAUGAUAGUUAUGUAAAUAUUGUACAUACCCUUAAAUGUUUUAGUUGAUUUCUCAUAGUCCACUGUUAAUGUUAUUUGUUAAGUACCCUGUGAUAGUUCUUCCAAAUGUCUUCUGAGUUUGUGUGUGUAUCAAGCACUGGGCCCCAACUGAACUGAAGCCCUACAAUACAAUCAAGACACACAAAGUGACUUUGCUUUCACCAAGGUAUAGAGAAGGUCUGUUCAGAAUUUUUUUUAAAGUGGAUCUCACGGUCAGCCCUUUAAAAAAGAAAAAUCGCAAAUGUUAGUUCCAUUUACAUAGUUGAUUAAACCUGUGCAUUUGGCUAAGAAAAGGCAUUCAUUGGUUUUAGAUUUCAUUGUUUAUUUAAACUUGACACUCUUUCAGAAUAACAACUAGGAAGAAUGUGACUACAAUAUAUGUAAUAGUAUGCAUUUAGUAGAAUAGGUUACAGGGUAAAUUUGAGUCGGUUUGAGUCCUCCAAACUACUUUCAAAUCUAUUGUAUUGAACAUUUUGGAAUUCCAUAUUUCUAAGCUGACCAGGAUGAAAGAAAACUCGUUAGGGCACAUUAUGAUAGAUUACAAAGAUU